AUGCCGCCUGCACCGUGCCGGGCUUCUCGUCUGCUUCCCUGGUCACCCGCGAGGCGCUACUCAGUCCGCAUCCCGGGCGAAUCGCACCCGUCCAUCAAGACCGUGGCCGACCUGAGGGCUUGGUCGCCUCAGGCCAAUGUCCCUGAUGUCGAGGUCUGCGGCUGGGUGAGGUCUGUUCGCAAGAGCUCAGGGGUCCGCUUCGUCGACAUCACCGACGGCUCCUCCAUGAGGCCGGUGCAGGCCGUUGUCGACAAGAAACAGUCGAGCGACCUGCGACUCGGCGCGGCCGUUCGCCUGAGAGGCACCUGGUACAAUGCGAAGAACCUGCCUGGCUCCGAGGCCAAUGUCUCAAAUGCUCCAUCAUCAGAACCAGGCGAGCCGACCUCUCACGCCAGCAACAACCAUGCCGUCCCUCCGGAUCCCGAAACCUCACAACCCAUGCACGAGCUGCAGGUGAACCAUGUUGAGGUCUUGGCAUCAUCCGAUCCCGAGACGUACCCCAUCCAGAACAAGUACCAGACACCCGAGAGCCUGCGCGCCGUUACGCAUCUUCGCUCGCGGACGCCUGUCAACGCCACCCUGCUCCGUCUGCGAUCCGACGCCAUGGCCGCGCUGACACGGUUCUUCUCCCAAGAAAAGUUUCAGCAAACUCACCCACCCAUCAUCACCUCAUCCGAUUGCGAGGGCGCCGGCGAGGCCUUCGCUGUUGGGGCUGGUGGGCGUGCCGACUUUUUCAGAGACCCCAAGUAUCUCACUGUCUCAACCCAGCUUCAUCUCGAGGCCCUGGCUCAGGCUCUCGGUAACGUGUGGACUCUUUCGCCUACAUUUCGAGCGGAGAAAAGUGACACCUCUCGGCACUUGAGCGAGUUCUACAUGCUCGAGGCGGAGAUGAGUUUUGUUCAAGACAUGAACCAAGUCAUGGAUCUGGUACAGAGCAUGAUGGCCUUUUUGGCCGGCGAGCUGAAGCAGCUUGACGCCGCCAAAGAGCUCGACAAGAACAGGCUUGAUUCCCGCGAUCCCGCGGAAAACUUGGCCUUGGCCGAUCUCGUGGACCCGGAGGAGCUUGGGCGGCGGUGGAGAGGGCUCCUCUUGCCGAGAAAGUGGCCGCGAAUCACCUACACCGAAGCUGUGGAGAGGCUGCAGCCCGCUGCCGGCCAAUUUGAGCACGAGCCUAUCUGGGGUCGUGGUCUGCAGUCAGAGCACGAAAAGUACCUGGCCGAACAGAUUGGGUACGACAAGGCCGAGGACGCCUACGUACCCGUCUUUGUCACGCACUUUCCUCAAGAGAUCAAGGCCUUCUACAUGAUACGGUCAGAUUCGCGUCCAUCCCAUGGGGAGACGGUCGAUUGCUUCGAUCUCUUGGUACCCAGCCUUGGCGAGCUUGCGGGCGGUUCCAUGCGCGAGCACCGGCUGUCACAGCUCGAAGACAACAUGAGACUCCAAGGGCUGCCGGUGCCGUCCCGCCGCAAGGCAACAGGAAACGACAUGACGUGGUAUCUGGACCUGAGGCGCUGGGGCUGUCCCCCCCAUGGUGGCUUCGGGCUCGGCUUCGACAGGCUGCUGAGUUACUUGACGGGCGUGCCGAAUGUUCGCGACGUCGUCCCGUUCCCACGGCAUUUCGGGCGUUGCGACUGCUAG